UUGUAAUAAUGCAAUCAUCAAAACAUCAAAAUAAAAAAUUACCUAAUGAAUUACUCGCUGAUAUAUUUAAAGCUGCCGAUGGGGCUAUAAUGGAGAAUUUGUUACCUAAAGUUCUUGAAGAUUUUGGAGUUUCAAGUUUAAAACAAAAAGAAUUUGAAAGAAUGUGGACUAAUCAAGUCAUUACUUUAUUAACUUCUUCCUCUAUAAUUUAUAUAUUUGUUGGAGAAAGUUUUAAAAAAAGAUGGACACAAAUUCUCGAACUAGGAAAGGAAAUAAAAAAACUUGAGGGUUAUUUAAUUUUUUUUUCUAACGCGGACGAAAGAGAAAAAUUUAUGGAAGAAAGGGAAAAAUUAGUGGAGGAAAGGGAAAGACUAUUUGUUGUUGCUGAAACUUUAGAAAUAUAUGAAAGAAUUGUCGAAAUCGAAGCACGUCGAAGAUUGAAUGAGGAACAAACGAGAUUAGCGGGGAAAAGAAAGAGAUGGGGUAGUUGCCAGAUACUAGUAGGUGAGAAUGGUGGUACAAUUUUGAGGCGUACUCGUUCACAUUAUGAUUUAUCCUUAACAGAUUAA